UUCCUGCCACGCUGUGCCCGCGGGCCUGCGGCUCGCUCCCGCAGCCAUGGCGGCGCUGGCCGGCCGACGCUGCCUUCCCCGGGUGUGGCUCCGCAGGAGACCCGGGCAGGGCCACGGUCGGCACUACCGAGCCGCGCUUUGCACCGAGCUGAAGCGGCCCCUGGCCAUUGAAGAAGUGGCCCCCCGCCCUGUCCAGCCUCACGAGGCCAGAGUUGAUGUCCAUUUCUGUGGAGUCAACUUUGCUGAUAUUUUGGCCUGCCGUGGUCAGUAUCAGGAAAUGGCCCAUCUUCCUUUCACACCUGGAAUGGAGUUUUCUGGGACAGUACUGGAGACAGGAACAGAUGUCAGCACAGUGAAAGAGGGAGAUCGAGUUAUUGGUGUGACUGGCUUAAAUGCUAUGGCUGAAGAAUGCGUCACUGACCAGAAGAGCCUAUGGCAGGUUCCAGAAAAGGUCUCUCUACAAGAGGCUGCUGUCCUACCUGUAUCUUAUGGCACUGCAAUUUUGGCUCUAGACCAUCGGGCCCAUACACAGCCUGGAGAAACUGUGUUAGUGACGGCAGCAGCUGGAGCCACAGGACUCGCAGUGAUUGAUGUGGCAACAAAUGUGCUUCAGGCCAAGGUAAUAGCUGCAGCUGGAAGUGAUGAGAAAUGCAAGCUGGCUAUGAAGAGGGGUGCACAAUACAGCGUGAACUACAGUCAGGGAAGUCUGAAGGAUGCGGUGAAGAAUCUGGUGGGCAGUGGUGGGGUGAAUGUGGCCAUCGACAUGGUGGGAGGAGAUGUCUUUCUGGAAGCUCUCCGCAGCCUGGCAUGGGAGGGUAGGAUUGUGGUGUUGGGAUUUGCUGGAGGAAACAUUGCAUCUGUUCCCUCCAACCUGCUGCUCCUGAAGAACAUCUGUGCCAUGGGUCUCUACUGGGGUCGCUACAAGCAACAGAACUUUACUGUCUUUUCCAAGAGCCUGUCCUCUGCACUUCAGUACUGCCAGCAAGGGCUCAUCAAGCCACAUGUUGGAGCCACAUUUAAGCUGGAGGAGGUCAAUGAUGCUUUCCUUCAUGUGAUACAGCGCAAAUCCACUGGCAAGGUGCUUCUGUCUCUUAAAUAAUCCUCACCUCAGCAACAAACUCAA